ACCGGAAACCUCCCUGUAUAUAAUUUUUAGUCAGUCUUGGUUGUCCAUCAAUACCAUUUAUCUGUUUAUUUAGAAAAGGAAAAACUAUCCAUUAGAUUCCCACUACUCACAUGGUCUCAUAUAUUCUCCAUGGAAUAGGCUUAAGCUAGAAAUGAAGAAACCAAACCCCCCACUCACAUAUAUUCCCCAUCGAUUAGACCAAGAGAAAAGCAAAUCUUACCUACUUAACGUUCCCAAAUUACCCUCCACAUCUACCUUUUGCUAAGAUAAUUCACCCAAUUAAAGGUUAAAUGGAUACCUUGUUUAGGCUAGUCAAUCUCCAAUCUGAUCCCCGUCAAUCUUUCACCAACUCAACCACCGCCAGAACCUCAACACCUACAACAACCACCACCACUUCUAGCAGCUCCAGAUCCUCCUUCCUCAGUAACCCUCCUCACCCUAAUUACCCCCACCAAGACGACGACGUUGGAGAAGAAUGCUUCAACUUUUUCAUGGAUGAAGAAGACUUCUCCUCGUCUUCUUCCAAACACUACUUCCCAUCGAAUCACCCAACCCCUCCCAACCCAAACCCUCUCCCCACCAUCACCACCACUCCCACCCCAGCCGACUUCUCCUUCUCCCCCUCCUUCGUCAACUUCGAGCUCUCCAACGACAAGUGGGCCCCGGAACUCCUCUUGGAGACCGCCAGAGCCAUCGCUGACAAGAACAGCUCCCGCGUCCAGCAGCUCAUGUGGAUGCUCAACGAGCUCGGCAGUCCGUACGGAGACACCGACCAGAAACUCGCCUCCUAUUUCCUCCAAGCUUUGUUCAGCCGCAUGACCGACUCCGGUGACAGCUGCUACCGAACCCUAAUAUCCGCCUCGGAGAAAACUUGUUCCUUCGAGUCCACAAGAAAAACGGUGCUCAAGUUUCAGGAGGUCAGCCCUUGGACCACUUUCGGACACGUGGCGUGCAAUGGCGCGAUCAUGGAGGCUUUUGAUGGUGAGCCAAAGCUUCACAUAAUCGACAUCAGCAACACUUACUGCACCCAAUGGCCGACUCUGCUCGAGGCGCUGGCCACUCGAACUGAUGAGACGCCGCACUUGCGUCUCACCACUGUUGUGGCUAACAGAGCCAACGACGGUUCUGGUGGCGCAGCCGCGCAGAAAGUAAUGAAGGAAAUUGGCGCGAGGAUGGAAAAGUUUGCCCGGUUGAUGGGCGUGCCUUUCAAAUUCAACGCCGUCCAUCACUCUGGCGAUCUUUCCGAGCUGAAUUUAUCAGAAUUCGAUAUCAGAGACGAUGAGGCCUUGGCAAUCAACUGCGUCGGCACUCUACAUUCGGUUCAGUCCGUCGGGAACCGCCGCGAUUAUCUUGUUUCGGCGUUUCGGAGCUUGAGGCCGAGGAUAAUUACUCUCGUUGAGGAAGAGGCUGAUCUCGACGUUGGAGUUGACGGGAUUGACUUCGUUCAUGGGUUUCAAGAGUGCUUGAGAUGGUUUAGGGUUUACUUCGAGGCAUUGGACGAGAGCUUUUCCAGGACCAGCAACGAGCGGUUGAUACUCGAGCGAGCCGCCGGGCGAGCGGUAGUGGAUUUGGUGGCCUGCUCCCCUUCGGAGUCGGUGGAGCGGCGCGAGACCGCCAGUCGCUGGUCGAGGCGUAUGCAUGGGGCGGGGUUUAGUCCUGCGAUGUUUAGUGAUGAGGUGUGUGAUGACGUACGCGCCUUGUUGAGGAGGUAUAAGGAAGGUUGGGCAAUGACACAGUGCACAGAUUCCGUCGCCGGAAUAUUCUUGUCGUGGAAGGACCAGCCGGUGGUUUGGGCUAGUGCUUGGAGGCCUUGAUGAUACGGUGGCGAUUGAUCAUAUAUUUCACGUGUUUUGGUUUUUCUGGCACGUGCAUGGAAUGGCACUUGUGUUCGGAAAAGGAGGGAGGAAGAUUAUAGUGCUUUGGUUUGAAUAGAAUUAAGUAAAUUAAUUUAAAUUUUCGUGGACAACCUUGUUAUUAAUUAUUUGUGAUUUUUUUUCUUGAUUUUUAUUGGAAAUUAAAUAGUUUUAUGGUUUUGAAUUUUCACCAUCUUGUCUGCAAGUCCCAUUUUUAGUUACCAAAUAAACUCCCACUAAUCCAUGAGUGUUUUGCUAGUA